AUGCUGUGUGGAACGAGCGCCUUGCAGGAGAACGUGCAGGACUUCUGGACUGCCACAAGAGGCCGGCCCAUCCUCACCCGCUACGAUGCCACCGAAAUUCCUGGCUGUCUGCGCGUGUCUUCCCACCUUCGGGGCAUUCCCAAGGGAAGUGUAGGCCAGCCUCUGCCCGUCGUAGAGCUUCAGAUCUCGCCCGAGGGGGAGCUAUUAGUCAAGACGCCCAACAUGCUUGCCAAGUACCUCAUGGACCCCGAUGCAACGAAGAAUGCCCACGAUGCCGAUGGCUGGUACCAAACUGGUGACAUCGCACGGCGAGAAGGGUACUUCUACUUCAUUGUGGGUCGCGCCUUAGUCGACAUGGUCAAGUCCGGUAGCUACAAGAUCUCCGCGCUCGACGUUGAGCGCGCGUGCCUGUCGCUGCCGUACGUGAAUGAGGCAAUAGUGGUAGGCGUCGAAGAGGAGGAGUUUGGGCAGCGUGUUGGUGCUGUGCUGACUGUGAAGAAUGCUUCGGAUAUCACCCUUGCCAAGGGUGCCGGGGGAAAGGUGCAGAAGAAGAUCCUGGGACCGAAGCUGAUUCCAUCUCCCGGGUACGAGGGGAUAGCCGAGGUGCAGGUGUUGAAGAAGCCCAAGCAGGCGAUGUCGAUGCAGGCGAGGCUGAAACCCGUGGUUGCAUUGGACGAAACCUCGCAGUCGGCGCUGGGCUACAUUACAAAACGGCAGCUGAACAACAAGUGUAUGUGUAUUGUCGUAUUCUAA